GUCUGUGCUGCUCGUGAGGUCUGGAGAAAUGCACCGAUGGAGCUCAGUGCUGGGUGCAGCUGCUGCAGAGCUCUGCUGGGCCGGCUGAGCUUCUGGGAUGUUGCUGUGUUUGGCUGCUUCGAGUGGCUUUAGGACUCUGUAACGCUGCAGCCUCGGGUUUGUGGUGACUCAAAGUUAAUCUUCAUUGCAAGGAGUGUCACAGGGGCUCUCUGCCCCCUGACAGGAGGCUGUUAUCCCUCAUGCAUCAUCAGUGUGCUCCUAAGGGAGCUGAAGGCCCUGGGAUGUGCAGAGAGGGCCUAAAGCUGCCAAUCCCUGGCUCCAGGACUGCAGGGACAAGAGGAGGAGAUGGAGCUGAAACAUAAGCGGGUCUCACACAGCCAGGCUCGGAGCCGAAGGGCUGCCACUGUUGGGCUCAGCCUGGUGAAAGUCAGAGGUGCUGCAGCCCCAGUCCUUCCCCAGAGGAUUCCUGCUCCCUCCCCCCGCAGCCGCUGGGCUCUGUGCAUUCCAGUCGUGCUGGAAUCGCUGCUCCUGGUGGCCAAAGCAGUGGGAUGAGCCGGGCGGCCACGAGCCGUGCACAUAAGUGUUUGGUUGGCACAGGCUGUGCUGCACACAGAGUGCCUGGCCUCAGCUGCACGCUGUGUUUGGAAGCGCUCUGAAAGGGUGCUGCUGAGUGUAAGAAACACGGGAGGACGUGCGGUGGGCAGAACUCGGGGCAGGCUGCUCCGGGGGGCUGUUCUGCAGCUGUGACACAGCCGGGGGAACGGCCUCACAUUGCUGCUUGUUUGAUGGCACUGCUUACAGAACUUCUUGUCCUCCUGCAAGCAGAACUUCUCAGCUUCCUUUUCCGUCGUCUCCUAAGCAGUUUUGUGGGUCUCCCCCAGUGUCCUUUGCACUGUGAAACUAUCAAAAUUGCGGGGAGACAAAACAACGAGCUCCCAAGAACAAGUUUGUGUUCUUGGCUGAUGUCUGGCGGCGGUUGGGAGCUGACCUUGUGCCGUGGGUGCAGGCAGUUCAGCUAUCUGUAUUUGCUGCUGCUAACUUCAUUUAACUUGUAUUCAAGGAGCACAGAUUAUUUAGGCUUCGCUUUCUGCGUUGCCAGCUGAAAUCAUAAAAAUGCUGUGGACGCAGCUUGGAACGGAAUCCCCUGGUCAGGUACCGGGUCUGUAGCUGCUGUUCUGCAGAGCUUUUAUGCUGUGGUGUAAAACAACUGCUUCAACAUCACUUUAAGAACCAACUAAAGAGAAAUGUGAUGUAAAGUGCAUUAAAUCUGAGGUUCAGAACAACUUUUGUCUGUUGCUUCUCAAACUUCAGCAACUGCAGCAGGUGAGCACGUGAACCAGAAGCUGUCAUGGGUGCCUGUGGAAGAUUGCCCUUGUUAAGAGUGUUUUGGCUUUAAAAAAAAAUAGAAAAAGCCAUGUCAAAUCUCAGUGUAACUGUUUCUGUUCUGCCCCUUCAGUCUGACUCAGCAGCACCAGUCCUGAUUUAGGCAUGCGAGUUCCUGCAGUGACUCAGCUGGGAGCUUUAAUCAGCAGCUGAAAAACUCUUUGAAGCGAAUGCUUUCUGUAGUGCAGGGCGGUGGGAGGAAGGUCAUCUGCAAAGAAGUGAGGUUGGGUUUCUGAUUCAGUAAUGCUAAGAAGCUGUUACAAUGUUGGUGGGGCAGUAGAGACCCUGGAUUUGCUUUGUGGCUGAAUGCUGUGGUUGGUGUUUGGCUUCCACGCAGGUGCUUGCAGUCUGAGUGCUCUGCUGAUCCCUGGUCCAACUCCCACCCUGCUUUUCCUUCUCCCAUGGGUGAUAAACACGUUCUCAUCGUGCAGUAUGUGGUAAGGAGGAAUGGCUGUGAGGGAAUUCUCAGCUCACAGGACGCUUGAAAUCAUUCCCAGUAUGAAUUAUCUUGAUUAAAGCCCGGCUUUGAUUUAAGUGUGCUGGUUUUGAUCAAUGAUUUGAUCCCAGAACUUGUCCAGCAGUGCUGUUGGUCAGGCAGGCUUGAGCUCAGCUUGUUGCCUGCACAGUUCUGGGGCUGGAAAUCCUGCUUCCGUGAAGGGAAGAUGCUGGGAGCUCGGCUGGGUGAGUUCUGAGCAGUGAGCAGCUGCAGGCUCUGCCACAGGGGUUUGUCUGCAGCGCAACCUGCAUGGUGCAGCCCAGCUGGAGGGGAUUCGCAGGUCGCUCUGGUGGGGCUGCAGCCCCGGUGCUGCGGGAGGAGCAGCUUUGUGCUGAGCUGCUGCCGAGUGCUGCAGGUACAGCAGAGCCAGGACCUCUCCUGGAAUGGCAUCAGAACAGUUCUGUAACUCAGGGCGUGGGCUGAUACUAUCUGGAUUUAAGGCAGGGCUUUGUUGGCUCUUAGAGAAAAACCUUCCCUAGGAGAGGUGCGGUGUAAUCAUACUGGUUUGAUUGGCUGCCUAAAUGCAGCUAACAGAAACAUACUUUAACAGGCUUCCACAGCCACCUUAACCAGGAGCUUCUCUGUAAAAGGAGAAAUUUCUCAGAGCAGCAUUUUGUAUAUGAAGUUACACAGUGGAAAUGUGUGGCUUGAGAAUUGUUGGUGUCACACGGAAAUGAGGGGGUGAUUGCUUUUCCUAAUCAGAAAAUCCUGAUUAUUCUGCCACUGUGAUUCGGUGGCAUCGCUGUGUGGGUAUUCGCACUGGGAGGGCUUGAGUCAAUAGGUAACGCUGCAGAAGCCUGACUGCAGGUGUAGAGGAUGCACAAAUACUACAAGUAAAGAACUGGAUCGUGCUUGGUGCGCUGCUGUGUGUUUUGUUUUGUGUGUUUGCACUUUGCUUCGCAGUCUGGUGCCUACAGCAUCUGCUGAGCUCACAGCAAAAUCACAAUCUUGCAUCUGUGACAUUCAUCAGUUGCCAUAGAAAUGGAAUGUAUUGUAACAAACUGUUGUUUUGACACUGUCAGAGUAGUGAGAUAGAUGGUGGGCUGGAAAAAGUCAAUGGGAAGAACCUGAAGGGAGAAAUGUGUGCAAGAUAAGGAGAACCAAGAGCCCACGAGGUGCUGUGUGCUGGUGUGCGGCGGCUGUACAGCUGGCGUGUAAAGAUCCUCCUUGGGCUGGCUGGGGCCUUUGGCUUUCCGUGCAGUUCCAGGUGGCUUUGAACGCUGCUGAAACCCAAAGCCUGGACAUCGGCCGUGCAGCUCUGAGCCCUCAGCUGUGCUGCUGUGCAGUGUGAGUCGUGCAGCUGUGGGCAGCUGAGCUGCCGUGUGGCACCAGGUUUGCGUGGCCUGACUGCAUCACCUGCGCUUUGUGAGGCCUCUGAAUCGCUUUUUGCUCCUCCUUUUCUUAAAAACUACCUGUUCAUUGUAGGCCUUGCCUUCCAAAGGGAAUUAGGAAAUUUGUCUUUAUUAGGGUUCAGUUGCAGCCUUUUCCAAAUCAAGCUGUCGGCUGUUGUGUGCAUUUGCUGCACUGACCAGAGGAUCUUGAUUUGCGGCGGUUGUUUCUUUAUCCGCUGUUUCUCACAGGAGUGUCCUUGGUAUUUUAGCCAGGGAAGGGAAUGCUCUCUUAAAAAACAAGUCCUGUGAAAAGAGAAGGGUCUUUUCCUUGAUGUUCAGUGUCUCCAGUUCUUGAAAACCUCCUGGAAGUGUUUCCUCUUAUGCUGAUGUAGGAAUUCUUCCAGUUGCCUCUUCUCUCAGCAGCAGUGAAGGCUGGAUGUUUGCACCUGGAAUUGCCUUUCUCCAGUGCUGUGGGUGCUCCCGUAGGGCGGUGAGGCCCACGGCAUCCCAAGCUGAUGUUGGGAGGGUUCCAGCCUGGCUGGAGGCAGCUGAUAAGGCAGACUUGGACUUUCUGUAAGCAGUGGCUCUGGUGCUUAAAAUUCAAAGGAGAUGUUAAUGACGUAGGGCCACGGACUUUCACAGGUAUUUCUUGCAGCAGCUGAGGACAGGUGGAAGAAAAUAAAGAUACUGAUGUCCAGCUGACGGUCAGACAGGAGUAAUUUGGCCUCGGGGUUAAUUGUCAGUUUGCUGUGGGUUAUCAUUGCUUCCUUCCUGUCCAUUGGAGGGUGUGGAACUGAAGUCAAACAGCCUUCCUCAUGAAUGGGAGAGGGGGAGUGUUUGGGAAGCUCUGUGCUCAAAGCAGAGGAGUGCAGCUGGACGGGGCUGAGGAGUUGAUGUCUGUGUGCUCGGGUUGGUGCUGGUUGGUCUCUGCUGGCUGGCGCUGCUCGGUGCUGGUUGGUGUCGCUGCCCUGGGCAGGAGGCAGGUGUGCCAGGAGUGAAGCUGCAGUUCUGCCUGAGGCAGAUAUGGAGCAGCAGAAGUAGGUCAGGUGCUGAACGCUCGCAGUCAUCUGGCAGGACAAACACAGCCUAUGAUACGUACGGCUAAUCUUUCUGCAGUGUUUUUAACUGGAACUGUAAGAUAAAGACCUCUAUUUACUGCACGCUGUUGGAUUUCUGCCAUGCGUGUGUUUUUGUGUUUUGGUGCUCUCACAGCCUGCUCCAAGGCACUGCAGUUAGUACAGCUACGGAGUGACAAUCUGGCUGACAAACAGCCUGUGGUCGCUGUCUGAAUGUGGGGAAGCGUCCAUGUGUGGUUGUGUCAUGAGGAUACAAGGGAAAUGGGUUCUGCUGAAAACUGGAGCUCGGCUGUUGCCUCCUGAGGAUGGCAAAGCUGUUUGAGGAGAAGCUUUUCGUGUUGGUCGUAUGCAUCAGUGCUGUGAAGUUGGAUCCAGGUUCCUUUCAGAGCGGUGAAUCUGCUCUGCUUCCUGUGAACUCGAUGUCCUGUUAACAGCACAUCAUUGGAGCUGAUGUCAGGAUGCCAUUACAGCAUGGCGAGUCCUGCGAAGGAUAACUAUCGAAUGAAGUGCUACAAAAACAAAGCCCUCAAUCCUGAGGAAAUGCGUCGGAGGAGAGAAGAGGAAGGAAUUCAGCUGCGCAAACAGAAACGAGAGCAGCAGCUCUUCAAAAGAAGAAAUGUGGAAUUAAUCAGUGAAGAUGCAUCCAUGUUUGAUAGCCUCCUCAUGGACUCCUACGUCAGUUCCACGACGUGUGGGGAGGGAGUGAUCACAAGAGAGAUGGUAGAGAUGCUUUUCUCAGACGACCCUGAUCUUCAGCUAGCAACCACACAGAAAUUCAGGAAGUUACUUUCUAAAGAGCCAAAUCCUCCAAUAGAUGAAGUGAUAAACACUCAAGGAGUGGUGGACAGAUUUGUGGAGUUCCUGAAGAGAAGCGAGAAUUGCACACUACAGUUUGAGGCAGCGUGGGCACUGACGAAUAUUGCAUCAGGAACUUCCCAACAGACAAAAAUAGUAAUUGAGGCCGGGGCAGUUCCUAUCUUUAUAGAGCUGUUAAACUCUGACUUUGAGGAUGUUCAGGAACAGGCUGUCUGGGCAUUGGGGAACAUUGCUGGAGACAGCUCUGUGUGUAGAGAUUAUGUCCUUAACUGCGCUAUCCUUCCUCCCUUGUUAAUGCUCCUUACAAAGUCCACCAGGUUGACAAUGACACGGAAUGCUGUUUGGGCCUUGUCAAACUUGUGCAGAGGAAAGAGUCCACCACCUGAGUUUGAUAAGGUAUCUCCCUGCCUGCCAGUGUUGUCCCGACUAUUAUUCAACAGUGACUCUGACUUGCUGGCAGAUGCGUGCUGGGCUCUUUCCUAUUUGUCAGAUGGCCCCAAUGAGAAAAUUCAAGCAGUUAUUGACUCCGGGGUGUGUCGGCGACUGGUCGAGCUGUUAAUGCACAACGACUACAAAGUGGCCUCCCCAGCACUGCGGGCGGUCGGCAACAUCGUGACAGGAGAUGACAUCCAGACCCAGGUGAUUCUGAACUGCUCAGCCCUGCCUUGCCUCCUUCAUUUAUUAAGUAGUCCCAAGGAGUCCAUCAGAAAAGAAGCCUGCUGGACCAUAUCUAACAUCACAGCAGGAAACAGAGCACAAAUACAGGCAGUCAUAGAUGCAAACAUCUUCCCUGUGCUGAUAGAAAUCUUGCAGAAAGCAGAAUUCCGUACAAGGAAGGAGGCGGCGUGGGCAAUCACAAACGCAACGUCAGGAGGAACUCCUGAGCAGAUCAGAUACCUGGUCAACCUGGGUUGCAUCAAGCCUCUUUGUGACCUCCUUACCGUCAUGGACUCCAAGAUUGUUCAGGUGGCAUUGAAUGGCCUGGAGAACAUCCUGAGGCUGGGAGAGCAGGAGGCCAACCAGAGCGGGACGGGCAUCAACCCAUACUGCAGCAUGAUAGAGGAGGCUUACGGCUUGGAUAAGAUAGAGUUCCUGCAGAGCCACGAGAACCAAGAGAUCUACCAGAAAGCCUUCGACCUGAUUGAGCACUACUUUGGAGUAGAGGAUGACUCUGCUUUAGCUCCCCAGGUAGAUGAGAACCAGCAGCAAUUCAUCUUCCAGCAACCUGAAGCCCCUAUGGAAGGCUUCCAGCUAUAAUGUGCCCCAGGCAAAAAGACCACCACAAGUUUGCCAGAAAGCAACUGGGAGAAGCUGAUUGUCCCAUUCCUUCUCGCACAUGGAAGGCUGAACACUCACUCCACCUGUUAGGAAACAAUUCUUCCUUCAAACAACUAGAAAGAGUGCUUUAUCCUCAUGAAGAAAAUGGGAUGUCUUGCACGUUUUUUUCUUUUUGCUGCUGCAUACGUGUCUUUAAAGCAGGCAUCUGGGUGGAGGAAGGACACUGAGGUAACAGAUUGCACCUCUUGGGUUUUUUUUUCUUUGUGGUGAUCUCUCCCAAAUGUCACUUCUUACCUCGGGUACUUAAUUGAGAUUUCAGCGUUGGGUUGGGUAAGAACAGAAAUAGAAAGUGAGUAUUCUGACAAGAAUAAUUUUGGAAACCUGGGUUGAUCUAUUUAAUUUUUUUGCACAUGUUACUCUUAUUAAAGACUCUAAUUUGCCAAGAGCAGAGUUUAGCCCUGGCCUUUCUGCGCUCCUCUUGCAGCGGACAGUCCUGUCAGAGCUGGCCUGAGUUCCCCCAAACAUGCUGUAAAUGGACAAAGAAGCAAGAGGCUUCUGGGGGAAGGGUCCUUCCCCGUGUCCAGAUUUUUUUUUCCCCGAAGAACUGCUGGUAGUAUUUACAAGGAUAAAAAGCAACAAACCCCAAAGCUGGUCACUGCGAAGAGGGCGGGAUGCUGGGGUGGUCCUGGAACAGGAAGCACAGCUGCCACGGCACAGGCUUUGCAUUGCUACUGAUGGAAGCUGCAGGACUGCUGAAAUGGUGGAACCCAUCUUCAUCUUUACUUGAAUCCUCCCCAGGGCUGCGUUUCGGGUGCUGUGCUGCGUGCAGGGCGAGCUCAGCAGCACGGCGCCUGGGGCUCCAGGUUUACCUCCCGCUCACAGUUGGAACAUGUACAUUUUCCUUCGAGAAAAGAAUCAAAUCUCUGUAUUUUUUAUAUUAUAUAUAGGUAGCUAUUUGUCUAAUUGGGCUCCAGAGAAAACUAUAUAUAAAAUUUCUGUAACUUAUGUAAAUAGAACACUGUGAGGCAGGUGUGCCUGGAAACGACCCCGAGCUCGCUCCCUCGUCGUCCUGCUGCUUCUCCCGUUCACUCACGUACUGUACACGUAGCUCUUCGACCGCUCUGCUGGGCGCCAAGGUUUGCUCCUCACAGCCGCGGGGCUGAGGCCGGGAGGGGUGGGCCGGGCCUGCGUGCCCCUCGCCCCGCGUUGGUUUGCUGAGUCCGUGACUGUUGAACGAAUAAAAACUUCUGUGCAGAUGA